UCUCCGCACACAUGGUACGGUCCUUCUCUCGCUCGCAGUGGUUGGCGCCGGCUGCUUUGCACAUGGCCGAGUGAGUAAAAUCUCUGGAUUAAUGCUGUGAAGUUCACCACCGCCUUUUCACAAGCCCAGACUGACAGGAAUCGAUCUCUAAAUGCGAGAUACGGAGAACAUGGAGGCAGAGAUGGAGUAUGAGGACGGAGAAGAGCCUUCGUUCAGUGAUCCGGAGGAUUUCGUGGAUGACAGUGAUGAGGAGCUGCUGGGGGAUGUUCUCCGGGAUAAACCUCAGGAGGCAGACGGCAUCGACUCGGUCGUUGUGGUGGAUAAUGUCCCUCAGGUUGGGCCAGAACGUCUGGAGAAACUCAAGAACGUCAUCCAGAAGAUCUUCUCAAAGUUUGGCAAAAUCACCAAUGAAUUCUAUCCAGACGCAGAUGGAAAGACCAAGGGGUACAUUUUCCUGGAGUAUUCUGCACCAAGUCAUGCUCAUGAAGCUGUGAAGAACGCUGAUGGCUACAAGCUGGACAAGCAGCAUACUUUCCGUGUCAACCUGUUCACAGACUUUGACAAGUACAUGUCAAUCUGUGAUGAGUGGGAAGCUCCUGAGAAGCAGCCCUUUAAAGAUUUCGGGAAUCUGCGUCACUGGCUGGAGGAUCCUGACUGUCGUGAUCAGUACAGCGUAAUCUAUGACUCUGGUGAAAGAACAGGCAUAUUUGCUAAUGAUGUCAAGGAGCCUAUUGAAAUAGAGGAGAGAGCGCGCUGGACCGAAACAUAUGUUCGCUGGUCUCCAAAAGGCACCUAUCUGGCCACAUUCCAUCAGAGAGGCAUCGCUCUCUGGGGCGGUGAGAAGUUCAAGCAGAUCCAGAGGUUCAGUCAUCAGGGGGUUCAGCUCAUUGAUUUCUCACCCUGUGAGAGGUAUGUCAUGGACUGUAGAAAUGGGUUCAUAGUUGUAUUUGACUGGUUCAUUUGUAUAAUUUUCUCUGCUUCAUCCUGUAGCAUGAAUGGAGCUCUUGCUUUUGUGGACACGUCAGACUGCACCAUGAUGAACAUCGCAGAGCAUUACAUGGCCUCAGACGUAGAAUGGGACCCCACCGGACGAUAUGUUGUGACAUCUGUCUCCUGGUGGAGCCACAAGGUGGACAACGCCUUUUGGCUGUGGACAUUCCAGGGCCGUCUGCUGCAGAAGAUCAACAAAGAGCGUUUCUGCCAGCUGCUGUGGAGGCCCCGUCCUCCCUCUCUCCUGACUCAAGAGCAAAUAAAGCUCAUUAAGAAGGACUUGAAGAAAUACUCCAAGAUCUUCGAGCAGAAAGAUCGUCUCAGUCAGUCCAAGGCAUCAAAGGAACUGGUGGACAAGAGACGUUCCAUGAUGGAGGAGUAUCGCAAGUACCGUGAGAGAGCCGUAGACAUGUACAACGAGCAGAGACCUCUCCGCCUUGAACUCAGAGGAGGUGUGAACGCUGAUGAGCUGGACAGCAAUGUCGAUGACUGGGAGGAAGAGACCAUUGAGUUUUUCAUCAAUGAAGAAAUUAUUCCCAUCGGAGAUCUGUAAUUCCAACAGCAGUAUCCGUUUUUUAGUGGAGGAGUGUGGACUAGCAUUGGAAAAAAAUUGAGGGAUCCCCUAUCAGAGUUUUCCUUGUUAUCAUCAGUCCAAGUGCCUUUUAAUACUGGUCGCUGCAGAAGGAGAAGUUUGUGCCACUGUUGACUGCUGCUUUUUAACAAAAUCAUCCAGCUCUGGGAGAAGCCGCCCUGCCAACGUCAUUCAGGCCUGCUCUUGGUGGAUCUGAUCGUAACGCGUUCUUGUUCUUGCCUUUGGUUGAUCUACCUCAUCAUAAGGGUGUUACCAUGGCUCAAUAUGCCAAAAACUGUUUUUACAUCAUCUCACAGAAGGAAAACAUUUUGUUUCCUAAGAUUUUCCAAAAGGCGAACUUGUACUCUAGUGUGCGAAAAUGGCACUACAGUGGUCUGUAUCCUCCUCCAUUCAGAUUACCUGAUAUUAAAUGCACAACAAGGGAAUAAAGUUGAACUGAAAUUCAA